GUUUUUGAUUUUUGAGAUUAUUAUAAUUAUCAAUAUUUUUUUUUGUAUGUAUUUAUACUUUAUAGGUGAUUUAAUUGCUGAACAGCAUGAUGAUUGGGAGAUUUGAAUCAUAUAACGAUUGUUUAGUUAAGGUUUAAGGUUCUGUGUUUGCAUUUUUGAAAUUUGUGGAAUAGAGGUAUCGAAUCGAGUAUUUUUAUGGUGGAACUGAUUGAUUAGUUCGUAGCUUUUUAUUUGAUUUGAUUCGAUUCAAUUUAAUUUAUCUAGGUAAAGUUUUAAUGUUGAUUGGCGCUAAUUUAGGCUUAUCUUCUAGCCUGGAUGAUGUUUGUGGUGUUCGUUCUGUUCUGUGGGUUAUAAACCAGAUUGUAGUUCUUAAUCACUUUUUUCAGCCAUUUUAGCAUGCUGAUGUAUUGUUUCUGCUGAUUUUCAUUGAUUGAAGCUUAAUGUGGGAAUCGAUUUAAUGGUGAAAGGGUUAAUUGUGUUUGUUUAUAUGUGUUUUGGUUUUGCUUCUGUAGUUUUGAGGUUUCAGAAAUUUUGUGGUGAAAAUGAGAUAUGAUCUUUUGUAAUGUAAAAUAGUCGUUGAAUGUAAUGUUGUUUGGAAGAAAAAUGCAAAGUGUAACUAAAAUUGAAAGAUAUGUAAGCAAAAGAUAUGAAAAUAGAUUUCCUUUUUGUUUUGGUAGUUUCGAGUUUUAGAAAUCUUGAGGCGAGAUAUGAUCUUUCGAAUAUAACAUAGGCGAAUGAAAUGUUCAUUUGAAGAAAAUGGAAAGCGUAUAAAAUUGAAAGCACACGUUUAACACAACUUCGAAAAUAGGUUACAUUUUUGUAGCACUAUUUUCGGGUUUCAGAAAUUUUGAGGCAAACAUGAGAUUUCUAUGUAUAAUAGCUGUUGAACAUAAUGUUGUUAGGAAGAAAAAUAGAAAGCCUAAAUAAACACAUAACUUUGGAAAUAAUCUUCAUCUUGUUUAGUCGGGGUUGUUUCUGCGACUUGUGUUUGUUGUUGUCGGGCCAACUCAUAGGUUAUUAGCAUAUACUCCUUCCAUCGAUUAAGUAUAAAUAUAUUCACUGUUUGUACAUUGAAAUUAUGGUAUUUUAUGUUCGAUAGAUAGUAUGUAUAUGUGUCGCAAUAGUUUUUUCUUACUUUAAUGUGAAAUGAUAAAGAUAUUGGGUAGACUGUUUUUAUUAGUCUUGUAACUGAACUUCUUUAUCAUUUUAGUCCCGUAAAUGAAUCAUGUUGCAAACUAGUCCCGUAAGUAAAAAAAUUUCGCAGUUUUAGUCCUCCACGCCCGCAUGGCUCGGCAGAGGCCACGUGUUCGUCAGAUUAGCGACACGUGGAUUUUUUUUUUUUAAAAAAAAAUUUUAGUUGUCUUCACACAUGGAUUUUUAUUUUUAUUUUUUAUUUUAAAUUUCUAAAGACAAUUACUUUUUUUUUUAAGAAAAAAUAAAAUCCACGUGUCCGUCAGAUGGUGUUGACCUAGUAGACACGUGGCCUUCGGCGAGCCAUGUGGGUAUUUUCGGCGCCAGAGGACUAAGAUUGCGAAAAAUUUCCACUUACAGGACUACUUUGUGACAUACUCCACUUACAGGACUAAAAUGAUAAAGAGGUCCAGUUAUGGGACUAAAAACACAGUUUAGCCUAAGAUAUUUUAUUAAUAUCACGAGGUCGACACAUUUGUUGUUUGCGGAUAUCUUAAAUGAGCAUAUAAAAAUGUUCGAGCAUCGACGUAGUUCUUUUUACUCCUAAUUAAUUGUACAUGGAUCAUUGGCAGGUAGGUGAAUCGAUGGAUGUGUCAUAUUCAUCGUCGGAUGCGACGUACGAUACAGGAGAUUUCGAGUGCAACAUCUGCUUCGAACUUGCACAAGAUCCGAUCGUUACACUCUGCGGUCAUCUUUACUGCUGGCCGUGUCUCUACCAAUGGCUUCAGCAUCACUCGCAUUCUCAUGAGUGCCCCGUUUGUAAGGCGUAUGUUUACGAGGAUAAGCUAAUUCCUAUCUACGGCCGGGGCAAAUCGAGAUCCCGACUGACUCCGGAAACUUCCAUCCCUAAUCGACCAAUGGGGCAAAGGCCGCAAACUCCAGUCGUCCGUGCAAACUAUGUCGAGCCUAAUUUAUGGGAUCCCGUGACGGAAUUUAUGCCGAUGGCGGCUGCCCGUUUCGGUCACCAAACACUGUCCUCGCUAUUCGGUUCCCUGCCCGCCAUUUUUAACCUUCAGAUGAACGGAUUUAACGAUGGCACUGUAUACGGAUCGACUUCUGGAGUCCCGUACUUGUUCUCGAGCUCCUUUCAUGGAGAUUACAUCCAUGGCUUUCAUCACUACCAUUCAGCUUUUAUCGACUGGAAGUCAGUCGCCGGGAAAGUUAUGUUUGUUCUUAUCGGGUUUUUCAUACUCUUGCAUCUAAUCCUUGCGUAAAUUAGGUCGUGAUAGAAAUCACUAUGUAAUCGAUGAUAUUCGAUAUUUGCUUCUUUUUUUUUUUUUUUUAAAGGUUAUUAUGUCGUGAAUAAGUUUCGUUGAGCCCGUUGUGACUGUAACUGUCAGGUCGAGCGAGACGUGCCCUCGCCGGAGCGCCAUGGAAUAAAGCGCAAUCCCUCGGCAGCAUUGUAAGUAGCUCUUGUGUUUUGAAUCGACUGUUUGUUUUGUUUUUUUUUUUUCUUCGUGCAGGAAUUAAUAUGAGGUUUGUCGAUGGAAUCGAAUGGGGAUUUCGAUCUGUCUGUAUAUGUAAUCUUGUUGUACGAAGUUUACUAUAGCAAAAAUGCAUCGAUCCUGCCGUGGCGUGGAUCGUGUGGUUUGUACCCUGCAUCGAUCCCACCGCGGCGUGCAUCGUCUGGUUUGUACUCCGGCGGAGUUGAAUUGCCGGAGUACAUACGUAGCCUCAACUGGUUUGGCUAUGAAUCUUGAUGAUAGCACGUACAUUUGUUGUUGAGUAA